GUGAGUUCAUGUUCACCGAACUUGUGUUUGUCAGUAUCCGUCACAAUUACAAUUUCACAAUUAAUUUUUAAAUAGGAAAUAAGUUCUGUUAAAUAUUUAGAAUUCUCAUAAAUUAAAGAUAUGGCUGAAAUUGAUGAUGCUUGGCUUAAGUCAGCUUUAGUUCAAGAAUCAACAAUAUGUCAGAAGAUCAAACAAAUUGGUAUAACAUCAGACUCCCAAUCACCUGGGAUUGGUAAAGCGUCAAUAGACACUCCAAGGCCAGACCUGUCAAGCUCUUCUAGUGAGGACAAUGUUGUUAUUUCAAAGGCCGAAGCGUCAUUACUGCAAAAGGUGGUCAGAAAGGGCUUGAUUGAAUCAAAACAUGACAUUGAAGUCCAAAGGAAAGACCCAAAUUCACCACUUUACUCAGUGAAAAGUUUUGAAGCAUUGCACCUGAAACCCCCUUUACUGAAGGGUGUUUAUGAAAUGGGAUUCAACGCUCCGUCUAAGAUACAAGAAACUGCUUUGCCGACCCUUCUUGCUGAUCCACCUCAGAAUAUGAUUGCACAAAGUCAAUCUGGAACUGGAAAAACCGCAGCUUUUGUAUUAGCAAUGUUGUCAAGAGUAGACCCAUCUCUGAACUACCCUCAAGUUCUUUGUUUAUCGCCAACAUAUGAGUUAGCCAUACAAAUCGGUGAUGUUGCAAUGAAAAUGUCAAAGGAAUGCAAUGACAUCAGGAUUCGCUUUGCAGUUAGAGGGGAAGAAGUGGAAAGAGGGACACAGUUAACAGAACAUAUUAUCAUCGGAACGCCUGGAAAAGUGGUCGACUGGGCGCUUAAGUUCAAAUUCUUUGAUCUCAGCAAAAUCAGAGUAUUUGUGCUUGAUGAGGCGGACGUUAUGAUUGCGACUCAGGGUCACCAGGAUCAAAGCUUCCGCAUUAGAAAAGCAUUGCCUAAGGAAUGUCAGAUGAUGUUUUUCUCCGCCACUUACGAUGAAUCUGUAAUGGAUUUCGCUGAAGCAAUUGUUGACAAUCCCGUCACAAUCAGACUAAAGCGAGAAGAAGAAUCCCUGGACAAUAUUAAACAGUAUUACGUUGAGUGUUCAAACCAAGAAGAAAAGUAUAUGGCGAUAUCUAACAUUUACGGAGUCGUGACGAUUGGCCAGACAAUCAUAUUCUGUCAUACGAGGAAAACAGCUAGUUGGCUAGCAGAGAAGAUGACUAAGGACGGACACGCGGUGGCGCUACUUUCGGGAGAACUUACAGUUAAUCAGAGGAUCAUGAUAUUGGACCGCUACAGGGAGGGGAAGGACAAAGUGCUCAUUACCACCAAUGUUCUUGCCAGAGGAAUUGACAUUGAGCAAGUUACCCUGGUGGUAAACUACGACCUACCUGUGGACCAGAACUACCGCGCGGAUUGUGAGACAUAUCUACACAGGAUAGGACGGACAGGGAGGUUCGGCAAGGUGGGCAUCGCUGUCAACUUGAUAGACUCUCCUCAGGCACAUGAGAUACAAAGACAAAUCAAGGAGCAUUUUGGCAAAGAAAUAGAACGCCUCGACAGCAACGACUUGGAAAAGCUCGACCAAUUGAACCGAAUUUGAAGACCAAGACAUCAAAUGUUUUAAUCGCAAUCGGCUAUGUUACUAAGAUAUGAACUAAAACAAUUUUUUACUGCAGUGACUUCUAUGAACAAGUGUAGCCUUACUAAGCAUCAGACUUUUAGGUCUAAGUCAGGUAUUAACACUCCUCUUUUUUAAGAAUAAUUCCCUUUUGUGUUUGUAAAGUUUUUUUUAAUUUCAUGUUUACUUCACUAUUUUGUUUAUGUAUAAAAUGUUUACUUAAAAUACAGAUUGUAUAUUUCAUUCUCA